AUGGUGCAGCAAAAUCAGUUUGGGGGUGCUGUAAUAGAAGAUCCAAAUGCUCAUCUUGGAUCCUUUUUGGAAAUUUGUGAUACGGUGAAGAUGAAUGGGGUUACUGAAGAUGCAAUUAGACUCUGCCUAUUCUCAUUCUCUUUAAGGGAUAAAGCAAAGGCUUGGUUCCAAUCACUAUCGUAUGGCUCAAUUACAACUUGGGAUGAUUUGGCUCAGAAAUUCCUGACCAAGUACUUUUCGCCUUCUAAAUCAGCUCAACUUCGCGGUGAAAUUAGUCAAUUCAAACAACUCGACUUCGAGCCAUUCUAUGAAGCCUGGGAAAGAUUUAAAGACUUGCUUAGGAGAUGUCCUCAACAUGGGUUCCAGAAAUGGGUGCAGAUUGAGAUAUUUUAUAAUGGGCUAAAUGGGCAAACAAGGACUAUGGUAGAUGCAGCUGCGGGAGGCAUUUUAAUGGCUAAAAUAGCAGAGGCUGCAUAUGCUUUAUUAGAUGACAUAGCCAACAACAGUUACCAAUGGCCAAGUGAGAGAUCGGGUGUAAAGAAAGUAGCAGGACUUCAUGAAGUGGAUCCCAUCACCGCACUAGCAGCUCAGGUUGCAUCACUCACAAAUCAAAUAGUCACGCUUACCACUCAAGGAAAUAAACAAAAGGUAGAUUCAGUCAUGAGUACUUCUUCAUCACACCAAGAGACAGAGGUUGCAAACGAGCAGGCCCAAUAUGUCAACAGUAGAAACUACAAUCAAAGAGGAAGCUACCAAGCUAAUCACUAUCAUCCAGGGCUGAGAAAUCACGAGAACUUGUCAUAUGGUAACAAUAGAAACACACUUCAACCUCCACCCGGAUUCAACACUCAUAAUUCUGAUGGGAAACCACCCUUGGAAGAUAUCCUUGGGACAUUCAUUUCUGAGACAAGAUCACGCUUCAACAAAGAUGAAUCACGUUUGGAUAAUAUUGAAACACAUGUGUCCAACAUGGGAGCCACAAUGAAGAAUCUUGAAGUGCAAAUUGGCCAAUUGGCUACCUCAAUGAAGUCUCAGCAAAAAGGAAAAUUUCCAAGUGAUGCAGAGCAAAUUGGAGAAAGUGAACUCACCGAAAAUAUCAACCCUACACCUGAUAAGGAGAAAGAACAAGUAGUAGAAGAGCAAGAAAAGCAGGCCAAAGGAACAAAUAAGGCCCACAAACCUUACUCCGUAUCCUUCCCUGACAACCCACCAAUUCUCACACCACCACUUCCAUUUCCACAGCAUGCUUUGGAACAAAUGCCAAAUUACGCAAAAUUUAUGAAGGAAGUGAUGUCAAAUAAACGUAAAUUGGAGGAAUAUGAAACAGUAAAAUUGACAGAAGAAUGCAACGCUAUUCUUCAAAAGAAACUUCCUCAGAAGAGAAAAGAUCAGGGCAGCUUCACUAUUCCGUGCACCAUUGGAAGCUCUUCCUUUGAAAAGGCCCUCUGUGAUCUAGGAGCAAGCAUCAAUUUAAUUCCGUUAUCAGUAUUCAAGAAGUUAGGCCUCGGGGAGGUCAAGCCAACAACAGUGACUCUACAACUAGCUGAUAGGUCCCUCACCUACCCACAAGGAAUUAUUGAAGACGUGUUGGUAAAUGUCGACAAAUUCAACUUCCCAGCUGAUUUUGUGGUAUUGGAUAUGGAAGAAGAUCAGGAAAUCCCACUAAUUUUAGGCAGACCAUUUUUAGCAACUGGAAGGGCAUUAAUUGAUGUAUAA